AUGGCCUCCCGCGCCUCACGCGCCUUCUCCUUCGUGGAGAACACCUCGCUCCGCGGGCUCGCGGGCUCGUGCGCGCUGGCCGGCGCGGGCGUGGUCGUAUCGGGCCUCGUGAUGCGCCAGCGCAUGCUCCGCGAGCACCCAAUCUGCCAAACGGCAUGCGACCAGCUCGAGCGGUCGGAGGAGGUGCGCCGCUGGCUCGGCGCGGGCGAGGUCUCGACGGGUGGCGUCGUCGGAGGCUACGUGGACAUUCAGGAGGGCACCGCCGCCUUCCGCAUCCCGCUCGGGAGGUCGGCGGACGGGGGCGCUGCCUACGCGCGGGUGGAGGCCGAGGCCGAGUGGCUCCGGGUGCCCGGCGCAGCCUCGGCCAGCGGGCCGCCAGUCGAGGAGCGGGCCUCGGCGCGAUGGCUGCUGCGCCAUCUGGAGCUCGAGCCACCGCAGGGCGGCGGCGGCGGCCACGGCGGCCAGCCGCCGCUGGUCCUGUACAGCCUCGAGGCGUCGGUUCCUGAGUCGAAGUGGGCGCCGAGCCGCGAGCCGUCGGCGAUACCGAGCGCGGUUCGGAAUCUGCUUCCAAACACGCAGGCCCUGCUGGGCGAUUCGGAGGCGCACCGCUUCGUCCUGACGCUCGCCACCGCGGUGAUGGCCAACGCCGUCGCCUUCACCUACCUGCACCGGCGCGCACGCGGGCUCGAACGGGUGCUCGAGUUGCUGCGGCUGCCAGUCGACCGCCCCGCCGCCAAGUUGCGCGCGGCCGCGAUGCGCGUCGCCGAGCGCUCCAUCGAAGCGCGCGCUUUGCAGCCCAAGCAGGAGGGCGGGGGGCUCUACGGCUGGCAGGCGGCGGACACGCUCUAUGCGCUCGCCCCCGUCGUCUCGCCGGCGGCGGCGUACGACCUGCUGCUGGCUGCACGGCGCGACGGCAACGGCGAGCGGCGGCCACGCUCAAAUUGGUCCGAGAGGGAGCGCGCCUCCCGAAGGUGUGUGGCCGUGUGCACCCUAGGCGAGUGGGAGCUCACGCACGUUUCCCUCGCCGAGCCGGCCGAGACGCAGGUGCGACUCACGCGCGGCGGCCUCGCGACCGGGGAUUCGCUCGCUAUCGCGCAGGCGGCGGUCGCAGAGAUGAUUGGCGCGGCAGAGAGUUUGCCGCUCGCGCCGUCAACGCGCGGGGCGGGCCGAGGCGGGGAGAGGAGGAGGGCGUAG